AUGUAUCGACAUCGUACAUAUAAUCGAACAAAAAACUGGAAACAAGAUCCCACGAAUGUUAUACACAUUUCAUCAAAAUCUGGCACAUCUGCUAGUCGAGUUCACAAUUCAAGUGACAUGAAAAACGUGUGUUAUCAACCAUCAUCAAACCAUCAGUGUGCUACAGGAUUGAAAUCUGCUCACUGGGUCAAAUCAAAUGGAUCAAUGAGAUCGCAAAAAGGAAUAUCGCUCAUUCCGAAUAUAAUGAUGUCGACUAAUGAUAAUUCCGAUAAAAAAUCGAUGCCUCCGAAAACAUAUAGUACUGUCAGUUCUGUCCCAUUCAAAUCAAGCACACCAAUCUUCACAAUGAAAACGACAGAUGUUUAUAGACGAUUUAAGCAUGAUUAUAAAAUCAGAGGAAAACAACUGCAUCAUAUCCACCCUUUUUUAUUAUUGCUUGCCGGUCUUGCAGCCUUACUCGUUCAUUUUCUGACACAACGAGAAGCUACAACAACAACUACGACGACGACAACAACAUCUGUGACAACAACAACUUCAACAUCAACAUCCACUUCUAGUACAUCGACUUCAACGUCGUCGACCAGCAGUACAACUACCACAACCACUACUUCAGCAGAUCCAUGUGCGCCAGUUAGUAUUGGUUCGACGUCUACAAUAUACACGGCUACGUCUGGCAAUACAACAGCAUUCCAAUGUCAAGUUUAUGCAUGGACAGCUCCUGCAUCUGGCACCGUAACUCUAGCAUUCCAGUUUCGUCAUGAUCCUGACCAAUGGUAUUUCGAUGAUGUUUCCGUAUCUGAUGGAACAAAUGAAAAAUUACUCAAUGGAGAUUUUGAGACAGGUUCAUUAUCUCCUUAUUGGAUAAAAUCAACACCGAGUGGCUCGUGCACAUGUUGUCCAUCUGCUACUGUUAGCGGUAUAAGUAAUGGUAUCGCACCUAAAAGUGGCACCAAAUAUGUAAUCGAUGGUAGUAAUAGCUGUAUUACCCAAAUUAGUCAAUCUUUCACGGUUGUUCUCAAUCAAAUUUAUAUUAUUAGUUUUUGGCUACGAGAAGGAGGAGGAUCUGGACAAAAACUAUUUAAAGCUACUAUUUCAUGA